UCUCUCUACGUCCAACGCGCGCCAGACUUACUCCUCCUCGCGCUUUGUAACGCCACAGGGGAGACUGACGAUUUCGCGUGUGGACCUCUAUUUGGUGCUGUACGCAAGGUGUGCAUCGCUCGUGUGUGAGACUGCAUAAUAUACAGUGCAUCGGCAUCGUGGAUUGUCAGUGCGAAAAAAGAAAAAUUCAAAGAUAUUGCUCGAGCAAUUGCAACGCGACGAUGGCCAUGGCUCGACUCUUGUGAUCGAAGCUCGAGAUUAUAUAUCAAAGUUCGAACGCGAAAAACGAGUGCGGGUGUGGUGUUGGCAUUAGUACAAAACACCCUGCGAUAGUAAUAUCUACUAAGUUUACUUGGCUCGUUUCGACUAGUAAAAACACACGACUGUCAAAACUGGAUAACUCCGUGAUGAAGGACAUGGCAAAUAAGAUCGCCGAAUUGAAGUUCGAAGCACCACUGGCGUGUUUCGAGGAGGAAGAGUCGUCGACCAUAAGAAAUAUUAAUUUAUUUUCAGAUCGAUUGUUGGACGUCAAUAACAUGGAACGAGAUUAUGUCAACAAUCAAAAUACCAACAACACAACGAUUUCGAACGAAACUUGCUUGGAUGUCAUUCAGGAUGGAACUUUUAGUCCUUUCAGUGGCAGUUUAGAAGAUUUGGUUAACACGUUUGAUGAAAAAAUCACAACUUGUUUUAGAGAUUAUGGUACAAAUGUUGAGUCUCUUGCUCCUGUUCAAGUUAGAACGCAGGAAGAAAUUAUGAACGAAUGCCAAAUGUGGUGGACACUGACUGGCACAUUUGGAAAUAUUUUACCAAUAGACUGGAGCAAAUCUUAUGCUCGAAAAAUGCAUCUGCCAUCUCUGAAUUUAAAUGAAUCAGCAGAGUCUUCAAAUGGUACUGGAGUGGAAGACUUGAGCAGCGAAGAUGAAGCUGUUGCUACAGAUUUGGACAUGCAUGCUUUAAUUUUAUCUAGUCCUACUGAUAAUUGUAAUAUGGAAGAGCCUGUUAAAACUGCCGAUGAAGUUUUAAAAGAAAUUGAUGAUAUAAUGCAGGAGAGCCCAAUGUCAGAUGCUUCAAUGGCUUCAGAAUCAUUACUUGAAAUAAAUGAAGCACUUGAGAGAAGUAAAGAGGUUCUUUCUUCACCGCUUCAUGAAAAAAGAUUACAGGAAUACACUUCUAAGCAAUUAUCAGAACUUCUGAGCGAAAUGGACUCUUUGAUAGCUGCAUUAAGUGAAACUCUCAUAAAUGAGCUUGCUCUCAGAGACGAAUUAGAAUAUGAGAAAGAACUAAAGAACCAAUUCAUUUCUUUAUUACUCGCAGUACAAAAUCGACGGAGACAGCAUCAUGUUGCCAAAAAACGAAAUCAAAUAUUAAAUGCAACUAGUCCCCAAACUCAGCGUAAAUCAGUUGAAUCGAAGUAUUUAACCACAGUCAUACCGUACCACUCAUCCAGUGGCGUUUUGGAUAACCAGUCACUGCAAGUUCUAAUUAAAAUUUUAAAAGCUAUCAAUGAAGACAGCCCCGCAGUUCCUGCUCUCUUAACGGAUUACAUUCUCAAAGUUCUAUGCCCAACUUAGAGGAUACCUAGUGUCAUUCCCAUUACGCAUACGCUAAAAUAUCAAUGUAAUUUCCACUGAUAUUAUUUAUAUAACUUUUGCUUAUGCAUAUUAUAUCGGAACUUUUUGAUUGCGAGUCACACUGACGUAUAUAAUCUGCGCGCACAAUCACACGCAUUCGAAAUUAUUAAAGCAGAUCGCUAAAAAAAAAUAUUUAUAAAUUAUGUUAUCGAUUUCUAUAAAAUUAUUGGCGUUUAUUGAAUUAGUAACGAACGUUAUUGAUUGUUUAUGAUCUAUAAUAAUAUAGUUCAUUAUAUGUCUAGUCUUUUUUAAUCUUUCAAGCGUUAAAAAAAAAAUUAACCAACUUCGUGCUGGGUUGGAAGUUAGUUAAUUGUAUCAUCGCGUGACCUCUUUACAAAUGUUCCUAAACAUUUAAUGUUUAUUAUUACAUUACGAUUACCUGUCGACAUUAGUCUUAGAUAAUUUUUGAAUCAUGAAAAGAAAACACGUUGCGUUUAAGUAUUAUAUUGAAUUAAAAUUUGAGUUACGGAAGUCUCGUCUCGCCGGAUAUAAGCGUACUGUUAUUUAUGCGUUUUUUUUACGAGCGACCGAACGAUCUCAAAUACUAAUCGUGCGCAUAUCGAUUUACUCUCUUCGAAUACGGACAAUCAGGCUAUUAUCGCAGACACACGAACGGCCUAGUAUGCGUCCUCAUUACCAUUUCUCGCUUAUACGACUUCAUAAAAAUGCAUCGUGCGAUUCUUUAAGUUGGUCUCUCGUCGAUUGACAAUUUCCUCCGUGUGCCAUGACGUGUGCAUACAUAAAUGUGAUUGGAUAUAAAUUUGUAACUCAUAAGCAACUCGAUGCUUUCAACGUUAAAUCGCGAUCGUUCCAAAACCAAAUAUAUUUUAAUUAUGGACUGCUAUCGAAGACUUAUACUUUCCUUAAGACUUCAAUUACUAUUAAAUGACUUUUGUUCGUUAACAUUGAAACAUGAUUUUUACCGUGAAAGAAAUUAUGAACUGUCGAUUUGUAAAGAGGUUGACAUAGUGAAGCGAAAAAAGUAUUUUAUCACUCGUGUCCAUGACAUGUAUAGGUAGAAAGUAGAUAAUGUAAAAAUUAUAGAAAACUAUCUACCGCGUCAUUGUAUUGCUAGAAAAAAAAUCUAUCCGAACUUUUCUUUAGCAUGUAACGUGUAAACUAUAUAAUACGAAGAAGAUCGGAGUAUACGGACAUCCCCGAUCUCGAAAGAAAUUUUAUUUACCUGCAGCGUGCAAUUUGAUUUCAUUGGAACAAGUAUCGAUAGUCCUUAGAUGAUAAGUUUAUUCAAGUGAGCUAUUCUAGAACAUUAUAUCAUUAAACCAUUUGCUUGGAUUUUAACCAUGUGAUUUUUUAUGUAUGAACAAAAAAAAAUAUCGCAAUGCAUUCGUGACAAUUUAUACAUAAAAUAGUAUUAUUAUACCGCGUGCGUUUCGAUGCGCGACUCCGUGUACGAUAAAACAACUUGUUGCAUUGUUUUUAUCGAACAUGCGAAACAAUUUGCUUUUUUUCAAUUGCGUUAACUCUUCGAUUGACUGUAUAUGAUCUGAUAAUACUUGUAAUUUACUUUUAAAUCGAUGUAUAAAAAAAACGAUUAUACAAGAGCGUUCAAAUAAAGCCAUACAUAAAUAUA